UUCAAUCUCUUUGACUCAAUCAUUUUGUGAAAGGUAAGAGGGUCCGAUGAAUUGUUGAAAUGGGGAAGGUUGGGGGGGGGGGGGGGGUAAUACCAAGGUUGCUAAAAGAACGAUAAAUUGUGUUUUUCUGUGUUACAGGUGGGCCAACAUGGCGCUAUUGUUGUACUUUGUGGCCCUUGGCGUGAGCGGAGUCCUGACGCAAUCUACGUCACAGAUGGCCACAACAACCACAGUCCCUCGCACGCCCAAGCCAGCGCCUGAUCUGGUCACUGUCCUGGCAAACAAGGGCCAUUACUCUGUCAUCCUCGGCCUUCUCAACUCAACAGGACUUUUGAACCAACUUUUGGCAGCGCCCCAGAUGACCCUGUUCGCGCCGACAGACGAAGCCCUGGCCAAACUUCCCCCUCAGGAGCUGACCGCCCUCCAAGCUGACCCCCAGAGAUUGACCCAGGUCCUCAGCUACCACGCUGUAACGGGCUUGUCUUUCGAGGUCAAAGGUCGGAACAAUGACAAGGUUCUGAGUUCUUCGUCAGGACAACCCAUCAGGAUCAACGUGUAUCCCAUAGUGCACGCGUAUUCAGCAGAGGGGGUCAAAAUCUCUGAGAAAGACAUUCAGGUCGCCAACGGCUAUGUGCAGGGCAUUGACGGCAUCAUGGUUCCUCCAGAAGGCGAUAUCAUCGAUCUGCUGGCCAAGAGACCCGACAUGAAGACUCUGACGUCAUUGCUUAAAACGGCGGGCCUCGUAAAUACCAUAAAAGCUGACCAUAACAUCACAGUGUUUGCUCCAACGGACGCAGCCUUUGCCAAACUAAGUCCGCCGGUGUUGACCUACUUACAGGAUAAUCCGGGCGCUCUGGCGGAGGUUCUGCUCUAUCACGUGGUGGCCAGAAAGACCCUGUAUAGUAUCGGCAUGCGUCAGGCCAUGUCCUUCCCGACCGCAGACAGUCACCACGACAGCCUCAUGCUUAUAGAAGACAGCAAUGGCGACAUCUACCUGAAUCACGCCAAGCUGUUGGAGGUGGACCACAGUGCAACGAACGGGGUCCUUCACGUUAUCGAUGAUGUCAUCGUGCCAAUCAGAAUUAUCUUAGCCAUCGAAGGGGCGGGGCUGUCAUUAGUUGGAUAACCAGUCAGGUGCUCACCAUUGUCACGACAAAAUUCUGUAAAUAAAUAAAUGUACGUGAUGACAUUUA